UAGUUUUCAUGGUAAGCGGUUUAAAAAAAGAGGAGAAACACCUUGUCUUCUUCCAGACAGGCAUUCUCGUUAAACAGAUGACUGAAAAACAAAGUUUCCUCUUUGCAAAGGAAGGUAUCUUCUAACUUAACAAUAAUUAUGUAAUGUAUGUUAUUUUUCCUUGAUGAGAGGGGUGUGUCCCAUCUGCGUUACUAAGAAAUAGCUGAUUAUAUUCUUGAAAUAUGUCGUGUGUUACUUUCCUUGUACAUGUGCCUUCAAUUAUCUUUGCUGCAAUAUUUGUUUUCCAUGACCUUUUCAAAUAGGAUGUGUUAUAACUCUUCGAGUGAGGCUGGUGGGUCCUUGGUUUUCAUGUAAAAUAUGGUAGGUCCUCAGAACCACCAUCCAGCUCUUGAUGUAAACUCCAGCUAAGUGCUGUUGCAAGUCUAUGUUCUGAAGAAACUCAGACAAAGAUAGGCUAAAAGUUGGAAGCUUUUCUUUGAUUUCAGAGACACACCUUGUUUUCUGAAAACAGCCUUCAUUAAGCAAGUUAUAAAAGCAGUGUAAAAAAAGCUCACUUUUGACAUAUUUACAGGUAAAGAAAUUAGUGUAGCUGUAGUUACUAAGCAGAAUUUUAAAAUAAUGGCAGAGAUUUGGCCAAAAUUGCACAGCCUGUCAAUUUGAAAUAUUGAAAUGAACGUAAGAUAGAUUUGCAAUAUAUUCCACACAGUUACAUCCCAAGAAUCUCUCUAUUGAUUUGAAGAGAUGUAUGAUCUAUUUUUUGUCAUUCAUUUUACCUUUUACAUAAUUGUAAACCACUGGAAACCACACUUGACAUCUUUAAAUUCAGUGUUUGUGAGAAUUAGCUAGAGCUUUCAAAAGGUGAAAGGGAACAAAAGACUAGAAGUGGCAAUUUCUGUGCAGCCUGAAUCUUGAGAAAGAGUCAUCUUGCUGCAUUGUUAUUUCAAAGAAGUAAAAAAGAACAAUUAAUUCUUUUUUUUUGGCACUCAAUUUGAUUUUGUGUUUUCUGGUUUUUGUUUUGUUUUGUCAGUUUUUGGUUGUUUUAAUAAAUCUGGUUUUCACAUAAACUACGUUUUCAGGAGAGUUAUAUCAGAAUUACUAAUUGACUUAGCACUGCACGUGCCACAACAGUAUACUUUAUUUGUUUAUCAAAGCUAUUACUAUGGUGUUAAAUCCAUAUUUAAGCUUAUUAUUGAAUUUAAGAGAUCUUUAGUGAAUUUUACAUCAGGUUCAUUGUUACAAUAUUUUCACUUUUAUUAUAUUUUUAUUACUAGUGCACAUUCAUCAAAUACAUAACCAGUAUUGUGGACAAAGAUUAAGAAAGAUGAAAUCUAGAGGAAAAUUAAAGAAACAAAUCCUACUAGUCAUAUAUAAUAUGACUGCAGCUCACCACCUAUAAACAAGCACUUUCUUGCUUCUCCCCUUUACCACAAUCAUUGUUAGAUCUUUAAUUGAAUGAUAUGUGCUCCAACAAAGACCAGAGCAAAAUUGUUUGAAUUUGGCAUCCUCCAGCAUAACAGUAUUUUUACAAGCCCAAGGUAGCAUCUUGUGAAUGGAUAUUUUGGGAAAUUUUAUGUAGGAUCACUGUUGGAUUUCACCAACCUGGGUUUGUUUCCUAGAUUUUUGAAGGACAAUUAAAUGUUAUAGAAGUGAAUGCCAAAUAAUCAUGUUACUCAUUUUUCCACUGAAUUCCAAAGAAAUGAGCUGAAAUUGUUCUUUGAGAAGUGGAAUGUUCACUGAAUUAAGAAACGGCUAUAGAAAUGGGACCAGAAUUUCAGACUGCUCCAGGAUGGCCCUCAACCUCACAAUUAUUUGUGUAGUGUCUUGGGUGCUCCCAUGUAUGACAACCUGGUCGCAGCGCAGGCGCCGUCACCUGCUGGAGUGGGUGCGGCGGGUGCCGGGCAGCGCCUCUGCAGACACUGUUGUGUCACAAGUGCCCGUCACGGGACAGAGUCGCGCAGCAGCUGCACCACAGCACAUUGCUCCCCAGGGUUUAAAAGACAGCAGCUGCACCUAUGAACGAUUUGUGUGUGAUUGGCAUUGUGCUGUACCACAGUGAAGAGGUAUUUUUCACUUCAAGACACCUUGCAUUAAAGGAACAUGGUAGACAGUUUAAUAGUUACUUUGAGACUUCUCGGUUCCCUAUCAGUGCUGGGAUUUCAGUUUGUCAUCCCACAGCCUUCAAUUGAACACAGAAAGGUUCCCCAGAGGAUAGAAGAGCAAAGCGAUGCACCUGAGGACAGCAGUGCCGGCAUCCCAGGCGUGUGGGGAAGCUGGGGCCCCUGGUCUGCCUGCUCCCGGAGCUGCAGUGGUGGUGUGAUGGAGCAAACGCGGCCCUGCCUCCCCGCCUAUUACCGUGACCGGGGCUACCGGAGGCCAGGGCGGCAGUACCCGGCCUCGGAGAGAGCUCAUCAGAACUCCCGCCACCGCGAGGACUCGCUGACUGCCUAUCCUGGCCAUGUCAUUUCUGCCAUCCGAACAUCUGUGCCGCUUCACAGGAAUGAAGAGCAGCUUUGGGCUGGCCUUCGGGCCUCUGCUUCCUCUGGGGGCCACAACAACAGCCAUCUGAGCAGAGGAGCGCUGAGGGGCAGCAGACAUUCUCAGUCCCAGAGGCAGAACGCCAAGCCAGAAAAGAGAAGCAGAAACAGAAAUCCUAUUGGUCCGGGAAAGUAUGGAUAUGGAAAAGUGCCAUACAUUUUACCUUUACAGACUGAUACUGGUCAGGAGCCUCAGAAACUUCGGAGACAGCGGCAGUCAUCAAGGAACCAUGUAUUUCAUCAGAGUCCAGGUCUCAUGAAUACCUACAGCCAGGCAGCUAGUCCUUCGUUUCCACAUGGGAAUCUUUAUCAAGAAGAAGCUGGGCCUCAGGCUGGACAUCAAAUCCUGGGGCCCUCAGUUUACCAGUCACCUUCGUUUCCUGUAUCUCAAAGCCUGUUUCAGAGCAGUGACUCGAACCAUCACGGCUCUGCAUCACCCCAAGCGGUCCAGGGUCAGCCCCAGCCUCAGCAGGCUGCAGCAAUCGUCUGCAUUGGCACCUACAAGCAAUACAAACUCUGCAACACAAAUAUGUGUCCUGAAAGCAGCAGAAAUAUCAGAGAGGUGCAGUGUGCAUCGUACAAUAACAAGCCAUUUAUGGGUCGAUUUUAUGAAUGGGAACCUUUUGCAGAAGUGAAGGGCAGUCAGAAGUGUGAGCUGAAUUGCCGUGCGAUUGGCUACCGGUUCUACGUGAGACAAGCUGAAAAGGUGAUAGAUGGGACACCCUGUGACCAAAAUGGAACUUCAAUCUGUGUGGCUGGGCAGUGCAAGAGCAUUGGCUGUGACGACUAUCUGGGUUCAGACAAGGUGAUUGACAAGUGUGGAAUAUGUGGAGGGGACAACACUGCUUGCAAGGUUGUGUCUGGAGUUUUCAAACACACACUAACAAAUCUGGGCUACCACAAGAUAGUGGAAAUUCCGGAAGGAGCUACUAAAAUCAACAUUACUGAGAUGUCAAAGAGCAACAACUAUUUGGCAUUGCGGAGUCGAUCAGGGCGGUCCAUCAUCAAUGGAAACUGGGCAAUUGAUCGACCUGGGAGAUAUGAAGGUGGUGGGACAAUGUUCACUUAUAAACGCCCAAAUGAAAUCUCCAGCACUGCAGGAGAGUCGUUUUUAGCUGAUGGUCCAACAAAUGAAGUCCUUGAUGUCUAUAUGAUACAUCAGCAGCCUAACCCAGGUAUACAUUAUGAGUAUAUCAUUCCAGGAGACAAUGUCAUUAGUCCUCAGUUGCUUGCUCACAGGAGGCCAGGGGAGCCCUUGAAUGGUCAGUUAGGAAUGCCAGAAAGUACAAAUCAUGAGGAUGAGGAUUUGCGUAGGGAGACAGACACUCUUUCUGCACAGUCCGCUGGAACUUUUCCAGUUAUUCAGCCAGGAAGAUUUCCCGCCCAUCAGCCCGAGCACCAGGUGCCUGCUGUGCAACCACCGAGACAAAACCGAGAACACAACUGGAAACAGAUUGGGAAAACUGAGUGCACGACUACAUGUGGGAAAGGGUCACAGUACCCAAUUUUUCACUGCGUCAAUAGAAAGACUCACGAAGAGGUAUCUGAGAGUUACUGUGACAGCAGCACCAAACCCAUUCCAGAAGAGGAGGCCUGCAACCUCUUCCCAUGUCCAGCUUUCUGGGAUAUAGGGGAGUGGUCUGAGUGCAGCAAAACUUGUGGCCUUGGUAUGCAGCAUCGACAGAUCUUAUGCCGGCAAAUGUACGCCAAUCGUACCUUGACAGUUCAGCAGUACCGCUGUCAUCACCUGGAGAAACCAGAGACAACCAGCACUUGCCAGCUGAAGAUCUGCAGUGAAUGGCAGAUUAGGACAGAAUGGACUUCAUGUUCAGUGCCUUGUGGAGUGGGGCAGAGGACCCGGGAUGUGAAGUGCGUCAGCAACCUUGGAGACAUUGUUGAUGAUGAGGAAUGUAACAUGAAGCUGCGGCCAAAUGAUAUUGAGAACUGUGACAUGGGUCCCUGUGCUAAGAGCUGGUUCCUCACGGAGUGGAGUGAUAGGUGUUCUGCAGAGUGUGGUGCUGGAGUCCGAACGCGUUCAGUGGUUUGUAUGACGAACCACAUCAGCAGUUUGCCUCUGGAAGGCUGCGGCAAUAACAGACCCUCAGAAACAACUCCCUGUGAUAAUGGACCCUGUGCUGGUAAAGUGGAGUGGUUUGCUGGGGGCUGGACACAGUGCUCUAGUGAAUGUGGCAGUGGAACUCAACAGAGAGAAGUCAUUUGUGUUCAGAAAACUGAAGGCAGUUUUGAUGUUUUGAAUCCCUAUGAAUGUUCGUAUUUGGAAAAACCGCCCAGCCAGCAGUCCUGCUACCUCAAACCCUGUGGAUCUAAGUGGUUUCACACAGAAUGGAGCACAUGUUCCAAAUCCUGUGAAGGAGGAUUUCGGGUUCGAGAGGUACGAUGUCUAUCAGAUGACAUGAUAGCCAGUACUCAGUGUGAUCCACAGCUUAAACCUGAAGAAAAAGAACCAUGUAACACACAAGAUUGUAUCCCUGAAAUAGAUGAGAACUGCAAAGACAAAUACUACAACUGCAAUGUGGUGGUUCAGGCCCGGCUCUGUGUCUACACCUACUACAAAACAGCCUGUUGUGCAUCCUGUACCCGUGUGGCAAACAGACAACCAGGGUUUCUAGGACGUAGAUAACAAAUACUCCUCUGCUCAACAUGGCAAUGUCAGUCUUCGGAUGGAGCUUGAACAGUGUUACUGUUUUGACUACAGCAGGUUUUAGCUUCUUAGAGAUGGUUUUCUUAUAUUACUGAGUCCAUCAAGACUGUGGUUAAAUCUCACACCCUUUCAGUUACAGUUAUUGUGCAGUUAUCUUUUUUUAAAUGUUUGUUGUAAAACCAUGAUCUUUUUAAAGCAUUAAUUUUAAAUGAUACUAUUAUUUGCACCUGCUCAUCAGAUAAUUAUUUAAAGAACAUACCAGCCUUAGUAUUGUGAAAUUAGUAAAAACUAAAUCAAUCACAGGCAAUUACCAGAGAUAUUUGACCAGUGUGGUUGCAGCUGCUGCAUUAUUUUCUAAGUGCUUACUCUUACUUGGUAUUUUGGACUGCCUUAAAUUAGAUGACUAAAUCAAUGAAACAUGCACAUGAGAAAAAGUACUUCACAAAGAACCAGACCCUUGAAGAACAAUUUAUCAUCAGUUUCUUAGCACCCUGAUGUGUAUUUUUAAUUACUUCAGUCCAUUCAUAAUAAAUUACAGUCACUGUUAAGUUUUCUCAGUUGUACUUUUAACUAACGUCCUGUCCCCAGGCAGCAAAUAUAUAUACACUUGACUGCCAAAAAGUGCCUUUAUAUUUAAUUCAUAAACUCUGGAAAUUACACUUUUCUAAUUUCAUGUGGAUUUUAAAAUACAUUACCUACCAGAGUGCCGCUAGUUUCUAGCCCUUUAAGUCUUUAACAACUGCAGCUGUCAGUGAGACAUUUACCAGAAAGGCGAAGAGCCUUUGCUGGUAUAAAAAAGUGAUUGUUUCCAUUGGCAAGCUCUCUUUCCUGUAGGGCAGUUAUUUCAGGGAACUGGUAGGUUGCCUAAUGUCUUGUCUCUGCACUAUUCCUUAACAACUACCAUACCAAAGUACUUUGCCCAGACCUAGUCUGGAUAUGUCACCAGUUUCUGAAACAACCACCAAAGGAUGCAGGUCUCUGUGAUUUAUAGUAAUCCAUUGCUCUUGGAAUCAGGCAGCAGGAGGAGCGUAGUAGUCAAGUACCUGUAAAAAAGGACAUUUUAGCUAGUGACAUUCUUCAGGUUUUGAUCCGUUAUUACAACAUACUUGUCUUUUUUCAGUCAGUGUUUCAUCCCGCAGAUCUAUUCAUAUCACUCGUUUUCUGCUACUCAAGAAUCGCUCCAGACUUAGAGAUGAAUUUAGGUGGUGAUUUUUCAUUUCUGCCAUUACUAUACUCAGCCUUGGGACUUGCUAACAGCAAACAGGAUGUGCUGUGCAGUGCAGAUGAAAGUUUUUGUGUUAUUCUCUAGCCUUUACAGGAGAGGUCUUUCAAAUGUGUAAAUAAGGCUGAGGGGAAAAAAUUAACACCUCCGCUUAGUCAGCUGUUUAUUACAGCAUACUGCUUGUAAAUUAGAGAUACCCAACUAUGCGUCUGUUUCUAAGGUACCUGCUGUCCCAGUUGAAAAACAGUUUUAAUGAUCUAUGUUAAGUCGCUCCCAGUGGUGUGAAAUAACAGUGAUUAAGGUGUCCUGCUGCUGCUGAAGAACCACGUUGGAGCCUCACGGUGUAUUCUUUCCUUCUUCCGGCUUUGGUGGAGAGGGUGUAGAAGAGAGGAUGGGGCACUGGGAGGCAAAGCCUGCUGGUGUGGGACCAGUCACAUCAGUUGGUGUGCUGGGAGCCACAGGAAGGUAGAACUCCUGUAGUCUAAAAGCUGCCUCGGAUUGAGACAAACCGUAGAUUUUAUGUGGUCACUCGUUAAAAAUAGAUUUUGGUUAUGAUGGACUACUACUGUUUGGCUAAGUGAAACAAAAAAGUGUUUCCCCUAAAAUUUGUAGUAAACCAGUAAUGUCAUCGGCUCUUUCUGUGCACCCCAAUUUGACCUUUUUCACUGUAAUUAAUUGAUAUAAAGCUGCUAGAAACAGAAAUGCUAAUUAGAAAACUUGUAAUUUGAGUUCAUGAAUCUUUCACGGUCCUAUUCCCUUGUAUUGCGAAGAUUUAUCCAUGAAGAUAACUUAGAGAUUGAUGAUCAUUUAAAUCACUCAAAUUCUUGACCAAAGAAUUAUAUGGAGAAAGUGCUGCAUAAACAGCUCUGGAAUCCAGUAUUUGCAAAUACAUAUUUUCAUCUGGAUAUCUCAUUGCAGCAAAUCUUGACAUACAGUAUAUAAUUUUUGCUGUUGUCUCUCUUGUCCCAAGGAAGUGUAUCCCGUUAGCUUGAGGGAAAUACCUGUUCCGUAUAAAGCCUUUCUGAAAACCACAAGGCAAAUGAAAUGCGGAGAGGUAAUCAUGUUUGCAAUGAGUUCAUAGAAAACAAUCUGCUUGCACAUACUUUUGCCUGUGAGACAGUCAGUGACUCAGCACAUAGACAGGCAAUCCCAGUCUUUUAGAAAAUAGGUUAUUUUCCUCUUGAAUAUGUGGCUAUUGGGUUGUUUUACAAAGAUGAUAAUACUGUACGCUACAUUAAGCUGCCACUAAAAUAAAGAGAAUUGGUGGGAGCUGAAAGAUAUAUCAAGGAAUAUAUACAUACACAUAAUAGUAUAGCCCUGUGUUAUGCCUAAGCUGUACAGCUUUGUGAAUUGAAGGCAGUGAGUUACAGUUAUACAAAUUGUACUUUUUUUUUUUUUUUAGUAAAGGGACAGUUUUCAGAUGUACCAGAUGAAACAAAAGAGAUUGUUUCACCUAUUUAACCAUCUAAUGAUAAGGAAACUACCAGAAUGUUGCUGAACUUAAUAAUUUAUCAUCUCUUCUCAUGUCAGCAUAAUCAAAAUAGAUGUUCCUGCAAAAUGAGCUGAUGAACCCCGUGUUUCAGCACUUUAAUGUACUAAUACUAUCUACACAAAGUGCGUGCUAUGCUAAGAUUUCACCAUCACGCAAAGUGCACUUUUGAAAUUGUGACUACAGUAAUGAUUGUUUGAAUAGUGCAGUGCACAAAUUUAGGAUGAUGCCUGCAGAGCGCCCGAUUUUACUUUCACUGUAAAUCAGAGGUGGCCUUAAUGAAUGCAGUAGACUUAGAGCAGGCGUAGUACCAAUAUAAAGAAAGAAAUUAUACAGGCUUCUGAGUUGGAAUGCUUUAAUUUCUUUUUCUGAUAUUUUAACAUUGGUAAAAAUCCUGCAAAAUGGUGGAAAGAAAACAUGCUUCCUUGCCUUAAAGAGUUUCAUGUACAAAAUCCAGUAAGACCAGAGUAAGUAUAGGAGCUGUGGAUAAUUGAAGGGUCUAAGCUGUCUUAACUCCUUAUUGGGGUAAAAUCAGCAUGCAGCAUGUCUUGCAGACACACAGCUGGCCAAAAUUGACUCUAUCCAGGGCAGGCUCUGUGUCUCAAAGCACCCUCCUUCAAGUAGUGCUGGUGCAGUUAAUUGAGUUAUCAAAGGUCCAUCAGGGUUUGCCAGCUCCUGCACAGCGUCAGAUCCAAGCAGAUGUAGGUAGAAUUGGUUGUGUAUAGCAAUUGCAUGCCAAGUUUGAGAGCACUGAGUUCUCCCUUCUCGCUCACUGAGAGAACUGAAGGUGGUGUGGAAGCACGAGGGAUGCUCCUCUGGGAAUGAGCCUGUGUCUGCCUUGCCCAGCAGUGAGGCAGUGUUAGCAUUUGCUUUAGUGUCUCAGACCUUCAGUCCCCAGGGCUCUGAACUAGGGAAGAUCUCGUUAGCCGGCAGGCGAGUGCAGGAGCCAUGGGUGUUCUGCAAACCUGCUCGCCUUGGAGUCCAGCCAGAGUGUGUGCCCACCAACCCCAUGCAGGACUACCUCAGGAUCCCUGCACGGGGAGCUAGGGUCUUCCUCACUACACACAUAAUCUGUGGGUUAUUUUUUUUUUUUUCCAAUACUUGAGCAGAAGGAGAACUUUCUGUAUGAGUAAAGCAGUGUUUGACAUGAUUUUGUUGAUUAGAUCCCAGUUUUAUGACAAUACGGUGCAGUUCAGAGUUUGGUCCUUUUAUACAGAAAAAACCCCAAUGUGUUGCAGAACAUCUGAAGUUAAUUAAAUGUUAACACAGGACGUAUUAUAGGUUACUUGUUCACACACUUGAUAAAAGUGGUCAGUAUAGCCCUUACUGAAGUGUGUACAUGAAACUCGUAGAAUAAAAGACCACGUGGGGCAGCAGUAGUGCCUGGACUUUGUCUGGACUUUGUCUGAGACCUAGAAAGCACCAGUGGUCACCACUGAGGGAGGAAGAAGGUAGGUGCUGGAAACAGCUUAGGGCUAGUAAAGGGGGGGUUCUGCCUUCCUGAGGAAAAUAUUUUUCUUCCACUCUUUCUAAUGUAUGCCACUGUAAGUAGUAAAAUGUGCUUUUCAGGGCCUUGCUUUACCUCAUCCUCAUCCUGACCUGUCUCCCUUUCACACCCACAAGUAUUCUCCUCUUCCUUUUAUCUCACCUCCGUUCCUUUGUCCUCUAGAUGACAAUAUUCAGUUUAGCCAGAAUUACUGAAAAUUUUGAACUGGCCAUUUGGUUGAUAAGAGUCUAUGUUAGAACCAAGCCCAGCUAUGAAGAGAGAUCUAUUCCUGCCAGGCCAGAGAGAGAAAGUGUGUGUGUCUGUCUGGGGUAACAUGCAUAGAAUUGAAGUACCUACUGAAUUAAUUCCUGUGCAGUGAACCUGUGAUUGCACAGCUAUUGAGGUAUGUAGUGGCUCUUCACUCUCACAUCUCUUGCAUUAAAAAAAAAAGGAUAAUGAUCAUCUUCAUGCUCAAAAAGGAAAAACUGUCUGUCUGUCUGGUUUUCUCAAGACUUACGCAGAGUCCCAGGCUUCUUUAAGAGCUAUUCUGUGUAUUGGGCAGAUAAUUCAAGUGCAUGUCUGUAAUUGGAAUAUAAAACAUGACAUUUUCAACACUGAAAAUAAACUGCCUUUAUUUGUAUACUGACAGAAUAUGUUUGUGGAGGAUACAUUAGCUGCUGUUAGGAAAACGGAGUAAAAUAAUUAUUUCUAUAUCAGAAAUGAAAAAUCAUCCAAUAAGCAUUUUCAAUACAUUUUAAAGCAAACUUAUCAUCAUUAUAAUAUCUCAGUAGUGUGGGUGAAACUCAGACCUGGUGAAAGGGAGAAAAUCCCAUUCAAGAGAACUCACACCUGACCUGAGCCCAGUUCUUUGCUUCUCAGCUUUUAGCAACCAGUUCUUAUUCCCAAUCUUCUAUAUUCCCAUUUGUUCUAAUGGGUUAUAUGUAACUACCGCGAUAUCUGGAGAGGAGGGGAGCUUAAUUUUGAGCAAUCCUUUCCCUUCCAGCGACAGGCUGUGGUUGCUGCUUGCCCUGAACUGUGCGGUCUGUGCUGCGUCUGGGUCUCUUGAGACCAGUGGCCUUGGCAGGGGUUUGGGUACAUGUGAACUUGUGAAGUCCCAUUGUAGUCACUCAGGAUCUACACAGAGGAUCAGGAAGGACUGGAGACAAAAGAAACCCUAACGUUUUUAAUAUGUAUAAAAUGGUCUGCUUGACCCUCAUAAUUGAUAUUGGCAGAAGGAUAUACUUUAUUAUAACUUAUUUUGUUGUUAUUUGUAAAUACAAGAUGUCUAUGGGAAAUAUGUAAUUCUGAGCUGUGUCUAUGUAACAAGCCACUGCACCAAAAUAUUUCAAAUAUUUAGAAUAGGCAGAUUUUUUUAUUAAAAGGGACCUAAUAUGUAUUUAUUUACAUAUACCAUUCAAAUUUUGUCCAGCUCUUUCAUUAUACUAACCCAGCUUUUUAGGGAAUUUUAUAGCACAAGUAUUACAUAUAUAUAUUUUUGUAUAUAUGUCAUACUGUAAAUCCAUAAUACAAUUUUCUAAACUUUCUGAUUAGCCAGUUCCUUGAAUGAAUUAAGGGGGGAAAGUAUAGGCAAAUUGCUCUCUGACUCGUUCAGGAAUAUGUAUCCAUGGCGAAGCACCUGAACCAGAACUGUACAGCAUCCUUUUCAUAUUGUAUACAUUUUCUCUUUGAUGGAAAAAUGUUAACUAUUUUUGUUUAUGACUAAUUUAUUUUUUAUUAUUGUGAAAAAUAAAGUAAUUCAAGAUGAA